GACUCGCACUGCGACUGUGCCGAGCCCCAGGCCCUGGAGCAGCCGUCGGGCAAGAUCAACAAAACCGCCUUCAAGCUGUUCAAGAGGAGGAAAUCCGGCGGCCCCAUGCCGAGCAUCUUUGGGGUGAAAAACAAAGGUGGGGACGGGAAAGGCACGGGCAAAACUGGGAUGGUGCGAAGCAAGACGCAUGACGGCUUAGCCGAUGCCGUGCUGGAGAGCAGCAAGAAGGAGGAACCGAGCGGCGGCGGCAACGGCAGCGACCAGCCGAGCAGGGAUGCAAACCCGCCGGCGGUAGCCAGCCUCGGCGUCUCGUCCAACAGUGCGGUGGCCAAGUCACACAGCUUCUUCUCUCUGCUCAAGAAGAACGGGAAAUCGGAAAACGGCAAGGGGGAGAGCGCAGACCCGCGGGCUGGCGGCAGACAAAAGAAGGGGCUGAAAGGGAUCUUCAGCAGUAUGCGGUGGCAUAGGAAGGACAAAAAUGGCAAGGAGGAGAGGGGGGAAAGCUCCGAAAUCCAAUCGGGUCUCAUUAUGCCGGGGUCGCUGACCGCCAGCUUGGAAUGCAUCAAGGAGGAAACCCCCAAACCUUUGUCUGAGACCCCAAACGGCGCCGUUGAAAUUAGCAUCGAAUCGUCCAUCGAGAAGCCCGUUGGAGACCUGCACGUCUCAGCCCAGGAGCCAGAUGCGGGAGCCGGGGAGCCGCAGGACAGCAGAGCUCCCCCCAGGGAGGAUCCUGCCGCUGCUGGGACGCGACCCGAGGAGCUCUGCCCCGAGCGACCGGACCUGGGCGUGGGAGAGGUUGGGACUGCGAAGGAUGCGGCCAUAACAGGUGACAUUCCAAUAACGACUAUUCCCCUUGUUGAACCUGAAUGUGAUAGCGGUCAAGAGACGGCAGCAGCCCCUGACCCUUCCUCUGUUGAUCCACCCUCAGAGCAAUCGAUUGAUCGUAUUUGUUUGAUGUUUGCUGACGUGACUUCACUGAAAAGCUUUGACUCUCUUACAGGCUGCGGAGAUAUUAUUGCGGACCAGGAAGAGGAAGGGGGCGGCGGGAGUGGCGCCUGCGGGAAGAGCACCCCCGGGGCCGGCAAGAUGGGCGCCGCCAAGAAGCACCCCACCAUGGUGGCCUACCAAGGAGGAGGGGAGGAGAUGGCGAGUCCGGACCAGGUGGAUGACACCUGCCUUCAGGAGUUUUGGGAUAUGCUGUCACAGACAGAGGAGCGAAGCCCAGAUACCCACAUAGCAGGAGGAGGUGGAGGAGGGACAAGGACACCUGAGGGGCUGAAGGAGACCCGAGGGACCGAGGGGGCCCAGAACAGGGUGGUGGUGAAGCGUGGUGGUGUCAACCAGAUUCCCAUUCAUCUCAACCACAAAGAGGAGCAGAAAGUCAGGGAGAAGGAGCAGCACGAAGGCAUCCCAAACAGUGAUGAGGGCUACUGGGAUUCCACCACUCCUGGGCCCGAGGAAGACAGCACCAUGAGCAUCCAGAAGGAGACCAUCCCCAGGGACAGCUACAGCGGGGAUGCUCUCUAUGACCUCUAUGCUGAGCCAGAUGAGAACCCACCAGGGGGACCUCCUGAUGAACAGGUCACCAGUGUGCCGCGCUCCAAGCCUGUGUCGCCAAUAACCACCACGUGCACACCGAAAACACCCUCAAGCGCCGUGAAGGACUCCAAGAUACCCAUCAGCAUUAAACACCUUGCAUCUCAUCCUCCCAGCCAUACAGCAGAUGCCAGCAACAGCCACCACGUCGCACACCAUCACCUGGCCAAAAGUGAGAUACACAGAACAAAAAUCCCUGUCUCGAAAGUACUGGUGCGCCGGGUCAGCAACAGGGGCUUAGCAGGGACUACAGUCAAAGCUGCCACAUACCAGGACAGUGCCAAAAAGUAGCUGAAUACGAGGUGGAAACAAAGAUGGACAACAAGUUUGGUGCGUGAAAGUCUGUGUAGGAGACUGCUAAUAAUGAAGUAGUUUUGCAUCACCUGAAGAAAGGCACCUAAGAGGCUUCCUUUCAUGUACUCCAGGGGCCUGCACUUCCAAAUCCCUUCUUCUUAUACUGUAUGCCUGAAUAUGAAAAGUCAGCUUCUUUUCAAGCACUUUUUUUUUUACCUUUGUACCUUUUUUCUGCAGCACUGAACACUGGGGAGAUUCAUUUUUACAUGCCUUUGUGGAAGCAGAACUUGGAUUAUGAACCUAAACGAGCAUCUUUCUUCAUGUGAAGCAGUGCCAUGAGUUCUCCAAGGAUGCAGAGUUACACAAGGAGGAACACCAGGGUUUUCCAAUACACUUCUCUUUUAAUCAUUUCUGGAAGAGGCAUGGAGGGAGGGUGCUCGACUCUGAAAAUGGUGUUUGCUCUACAAGAUAUUGGAAAAAAUGCCAAGCAAAAAGUGAACAACCUAACAGGUAUUUGACCUGAUGUAGGAACACGAGCACUGCUCAGCAGCAGACUUGAUCGACUUGUGUGCUGUAGCUAACUAAGGAGUUAGGUGGAUUUGUCUAACAGGAAAAAUAUUUUUGUUUGUCCAUCUGUUUGUUUGGUUUCAGUCUGCUCUACUGUAAAUGGGUAACAGAGAGACCUAACCUAGGCUCAGAUGUUUACAUCAAUACUUGUCCGGUGAGGAAUACAAUCAGGUUCAGGGAAACAUUCUACUAAAUGCCAAUAUAUACACACCGUUCACAUUUAUACAAUAACUUGCUCUCCAUGUGUAGAUAUAUACAUAUUUUAGCAGAUUUCCUCAAUGCUACAGAUUUUU